GUCGGGGCUAGCGUGCGACAUACUAGCUAGCAACUUUAGUCGACUCAACUCUUGGGACGUCAGUGUACGUACGGAUUGAGCGACUGUUUUCCCUCCAAAAAUCUUGAAAAUCAAUCAGUGAUUUUUUAAAGCAAUAUUUUGUCUUAGCAUCGUGAAGAGCGUUCUCCAUCGACGGCACCAUGGCAUUGUCUCUUCCCCGUCAGAACUAUCAUUCAGAAAGCGAGGCAGGCGUCAACAAGCAGAUUAAUCUGAAUUACUAUGCCAGUUACGUCUACCAUUCCUUGGCAUGGCACUUCGACCGCGACGACGUGGCUCUGAAAGGAUUCCACGAGUUCUUCAAGGAGGCGUCUGGGGAGAAAAGGGAGCACGCCUGCAAGCUCAUGAAGUUCCAGAAUCAGCGCGGGGGACGGGUAGUGCUGCAAGACAUUAAGAAACCCGACCUUGACGAGUGGGGUGAUGGCGCCAACGCCAUGAAGGCUGUCCUGGCCUUGGAGAAGAACGUUAACCAGGCCUGGCUGGACCUGCACAAGAUCGCACAGAGCCACGUGGAUCCAGAGGCGUGGCAUUUUGAUGACGAUCUGAAGGGAUUCUUCAAAUUUUUCAAAGAAGCGUCAGACGAGAAGAGGAACCAUGCUGGUAAGCUCUCACAUUACCAGAACACUCGCGGAGGGCGGAUAGUGCUGAAGGACAUUAAGGCACCAGAUUUUAAACUCAGUAAUGGAUUGAAUGCUAUGGAGGCCGCUCUGGGGCUCGAAAGGAUCCUCAACCAAAGCUGGUUAGACGCACAUAAAACGGCGACCAAAUUUGAGGAUGCCGAAAUGAAGAACUGGAUUGAAACAGAAUUCCUUCACCACGAGGUGGCGUUCAUCAAGACGAUAUGCGACCACAUCACCAAUUCGAAGCGUGUAGGACCAGGGCUUGGAGAGUACUUAUUUGACAAGGAAACCCUGCAGGAGUGAUGUCAACCCCUAUGUUAAUAAAUCAUGCAGUAAUGUUAACACUCUAUGACAUACAGUUGGUUUUAACCAAGAUUUCCUUCAGGUUUGACAAAGAAAGUAAAAUAUAGUCACAGUUAAUGAUAAUAA